AUGGCGAAGAGCAGACAAAGACAAGGGAGAGAUACGUAUGAGGAAAACGUUAUGGUGAUGGGUAAUACAGUAAUGAUAACAACCUUUAACAUCUCUUUAAUUGUACAUGGAACAGUAGCUGAAGAUAAAGAUUUUCAGAAGGAGAAGCGCGACCCAUAUGCUGUUCCAAACGGUAUGGGUAUACUUAAACUGCUGGAAAGCCCUCUGGAUAUUACAACUAGCACUAUAAUAAAGAGAAUUGUUGCAAAUCAUGAGGCUUAUCAGAAACGCAAUGAGAGGAAGGCAGAAAGUGAGAAAAGGUAUUAUGAGGAUAAGACUUAUGUGUCCGGCGACUAA